UCUAAAUUACAUAGAACAAAGCGGAUGUUAUUUAAGCAGCAGCCCCAAAGAGGCUGUUUGAUGUCUGUAAGAAGGAACUGAGCUCUGAAAGGUCACAGAGAAGAGUAAAGCAGAGCAGAACAGGGUCCUACAAGACAACUAAAAGAUGUCCUGUGAGAAAACCCUGUGCACUGAGCCAUGCUCUGUCCCGUGUGAUGGGAAGUGCCCAGAACCCCGGGCUGCUGCCUGCACUGAACCCUGUGUCAUCGCCUGCCCAGACUCCCGUGUGAUUAUAUUCCCACCUCCUGUGGUCGUGACCAUCCCAGGACCCAUCCUCACCACCUACCCACAGGAAACCGUUGUGGGUUCCACGGAGUCAGCUGAGCUGGCUGGUGUGUUAGAGUCUGGAGUGGCAAUUGGUUCAUCGCAGAAGGGUGUUGAGUGCUUGGAGCCCUGCAUUGACCGGUGUGCCACUCAGUUUGUGACCAAGUGUGAGACCCAGUGUCUUCCUCAGUGCACUCCCCAGUGCGUUCCUCAGUGCACUCCCCAGUGCACUCCCCAGUGUGCUGCCCCAUGCACACCCCAGUGUGCUCCCCCAUGCACUCCUCAGUGCGCUCCCCAGUGCACUCCUCAGUGUGCUCCCCAGUGCACUCCUCAGUGUGCUUCCCAGUGUGCUCCCCAGUGUGCUCCCCAGUGUGCUACCAAGUGUGCUCCCCAGUGUGCUACCAAGUGUGCCACCAAAUGCGUGUCGGAACGCUCUUACACCUAUUCCACCCGCUGGAAGCAUCCUUGCCAGAGAGGCUUCUGUAAGAAGAUCUAAUCAAGUUAAAACAAAGAAUAGUGACGGGAAAAGAACAAGCAAAGAAGUGAAAGAAUAUGGCACGUGAUUUACAGGCAUGGCUACUGAAGAGGGAAGCCUCUGUGAAAACCAGGACCCUACAUUUAAUUCCUAUAUAGUGCUUUAGCUUAGAUUACUGCUUGCUUUAUCCUUGUGGCUUUGCAUCUUACUUCUGUGCUUUUAACUUUCUCUACCCAGUUUGACAAUGAUCAUGGUUUUAAAACAAAGCACACAUAGGGAUUUGAAUGUCAGGCUCAGAGAGAUUAAGGAAAGUGGAUAUUUUGAUGAAAUGUGUCACACUGGAAUGGGUGAUUGGGUUUAGCUUUUCUUGUCUCUAGAAAUAUGCUCUUUCUAGUCUGCAUUAGCCUUUCUGCAAAUGUUUACUCCACUUUGCAUUUAUAUUAAAUUGCUGCUGCAUCAAACCA